AUAUUUUCUACAAGGAUGUUCCUGUUGCUGGGGCUUUCCUCACCCCCAGAGUCAAUAAUACUGAGGUUCUGAUUGGGAGUCGUUCCGCUCUAGAGUGUGUAUUGAGCCAAGGUACUGGACCCUACUUUCAACAGAAAGCCUUAAACAAUGCCAGCGGGAAUGACAACUCUAGCUCAGACAGGACAGAGAUGGUUAUUGAAUCCUCCCAGUCCCAGGACCAAGGCCAACACCAGUGCAUCAUGAUCAACAAGGGUCCCAGUGGAAUGAUAUUUCAUGUGACCAAUAAUUCCAUCGACUUCACGGUGCCAGCUGAUUCUUCCAACAGUUCCCGGCAGCACAGACAGAUCGGGCCGGCCUGUAUAUAAAAAAAACGACUCAGCUCGGCUCUCAUUCGGCAGCGAUUGGAUUGAAGAAACGUGAUGUCUGGCAGAGGCAAAGGCCUGGGAAAAGGCGGAGCGAAGCGGCACCGCAAAGUGCUCCGUGAUAACAUCCAGGGUAUCACGAAACCAGCCAUCCGGCGCCUGGCUCGCCGUGGCGGGGUCAAGCGCAUCUCGGGCUUGAUCUACGAGGAGACCCGCGGGGUGCUGAAGGUUUUCCUGGAGAAUGUGAUCCGGGAUGCGGUCACCUACACUGAGCACGCCAAGCGCAAGACGGUCACCGCCAUGGAUGUGGUGUACGCUCUGAAACGCCAGGGCCGCACUCUCUAUGGAUUCGGCGGCUGA